AUUUGUCCAAAUUGGUCUCUCGGUUAUCCUUUGCCCUUUUCUCCAAGCAAACUCCACAUCAAAUACACACACGCCCUCUCUUCUCCUUCCUCAUCUCCCGCCCGAUCUCGCUAACUAUCAGAAGCUUCUCCAAAUUAUGCCGACAGUGAGUGUAAAAUGGCAAAAAGAGCUAUACCCGGCAGUGGAGAUAGAUACAACCCAGCCUCCAUAUGUUUUCAAGUGUCAGCUGUAUGAUCUCACAGGGGUACCACCUGAAAGACAAAAGAUAAUGAUGAAGGGUCAUGGAUUACUAAAGGAUGACUCUGAUUGGUCGAAGUUGGGGGUGAAAGAGGGUCAAAAAAUAAUGAUGAUGGGAACUGCUGAUGAGAUCGUAAAGGCUCCAGAGAAGGGCCCUGUUUUUAUGGAAGAUCUUCCAGAAGAAGAACAGGCAGUUGCUGUGGGUCAUUCAGCUGGAUUAUUUAACCUGGGGAAUACUUGUUACAUGAAUUCCACCAUGCAAUGCCUGCAUUCUGUCCCAGAGCUUAAAUCUGCAUUGAUCGACUAUCCACAGGCUGGUAGAAGUGGUGAUUUGGAUCAGUCUUCUCAUCUAUUGACUGUUGCGACACGAGACUUAUUUAGUGAGCUUGACAAGAAUGUCAAGCCAGUUGCACCAAUGCAGUUUUGGAUGGUAUUGCGGAAAAAGUACCCUCAAUUUGGUCAGCUGCAUAAUGGGUCCUUCAUGCAACAGGAUGCUGAAGAAUGUUGGACGCAGAUUUUGUAUACUCUUUCUCAGGCCCUUAGAUCACCAAAUUCCAGUGUGAAUCAUGAUACAGUGAAGGAACUUUUUGGCAUUGACCUUGUCAGCAGGGUGCAUUGUGCAGAAAGUGGUGAAGAUAGUUCAGAGACAGAAUCAAUAUACGCUCUUAAAUGCCACAUAUCGCAUGAAGUGAAUCACUUGCAUGAGGGGCUAAAGCAUGGGCUGAAAUCAGAGCUAGAAAAGGCUUCUCCUUCUCUAGGACGCAGUGCCGUUUAUGUGAAGGAUUCCCGCAUCAAUGGAUUGCCAAAGUACUUGACUAUUCAGUUUGUUCGAUUUUUCUGGAAGAGGGAAUCUAAUCAGAAAGCAAAGAUUUUGAGGAAAGUGGAUUAUCCAUUGGAGCUGGAUAUCUUUGAUCUUUGUUCAGACGACCUUCGAAAAAAGCUGGAAGCUCCUCGUCAGAAAUUAAGAGAUGAGGAUGGUAGAAAGGCUGGUUUGAAACUCAAAGAAAAGAAAUCUGCUUCGGUGGACAAUGAUGUUAAGAUGUCGGAUGCGGAGCCAUCAAAUGCAAGCGAAGAAUCAUCUAAAGCCACUCCUGUGGAAGGUCUCGCAUCUGAUAAAAAUGAGCAGUUGACUGGAGUGUAUGAUUUGGUAGCCGUUUUGACUCAUAAAGGCCGAAGUGCAGAUUCAGGUCAUUAUGUUGCUUGGGUCAAGCAAGAAAACGGCAAAUGGAUUCAAUUCGAUGAUGAUAAUCCAAUCCCACAAAAGGAAGAAGAUAUAACAAAACUUUCUGGAGGAGGUGAUUGGCAUAUGGCUUACAUUUGCAUGUACAAGGCUCGUACCAUUGCCAUGUAAUGUUGUUCCUGUUCUCGUGUAAUUUGAUAAUUGUAACCUUCAUUUGGUUUACACCAACUUAGAAUUUGGAGUGAAGAACAGUCCCAAGAUUUUGAUUAUAUAACUGUGUUUGAUGUGCUUUCAACAUUUUUUUGUGAAAAAUAUUACACAAGACUUGCAGCUUUAA